CCCCUUUUAGCCUCGCCCAAAGUCUGUCAAAUUAUCAAUGUGUGUGUGUUGUGUGUACAACAACAGAACAAGAGAUAUUUUUAGCUGUCAUAAAUAUCAAGCCAAGAUGUCUAAUGAUACCGAUGCCCUUCUAGACAGAGCCCGGCUGGCUGAGCAGUCUGAGAGAUAUGAAGACAUGGCACAGGCAAUGAAAAGCUACGUGGUGAAAAACUCUGGGGUAAAGUUAGAUUCCAACCAAAGGAACCUACUUUCAGUGGCCUACAAGAACAUAGUCGGUGCUCGUCGAAAUGCGUGGAGAGUGUUGUCCAGCAUUGAUUCAAAGAACCCAACUGAUGUUACAAAAGAGUACAUUGGCAUCGUUGAGAAGGAGCUUAAUGACCUUUGUAAUGAAGUUAUUGCUCUCCUUGACGAUCACCUCGUUAAAGAAGACACAGACGAUGCAGAGUCCAAGGUGUUCUACCUCAAGAUGAAGGGCGACUACUAUCGUUAUAUUGCCGAAGUUACAGACGGAGAAGGAAAAAAAGAUGUCGUGGAAAACGCUAAAAAGGCCUAUGAAAAAUCUUCUAAGUUUGCCGAGGAGAAGAUGUCACCCACCCACCCCAUUCGACUAGGUCUGGCUCUCAACUUCUCCGUGUUCCACUACGAGAUUGCUGAUAACAGAACCAAAGCGUGUGAGCUUGCUAAAAAGGCAUUUGAUGAAGCCAUUGCCGAUCUGGAUACUCUGAAGGAGGACUCUUACAAAGACAGCACUCUCAUCAUGCAGCUCCUUAGGGACAACCUCACUUUGUGGACAGCAGAUGCCGGUGACGAUGAUGCUGGGGAAGAUCAGUGAUGACCGUAUAUGCAACGGAUUACUAGUUUAAAUUAAUUUAAGUAUAACUCAAUUGAAUUUUCUAGCUUUCAUAUUAUUAUUCGUAUUAUUCUAUACUAAAGCUAUAAUAACUAUUGUAGCCACUUGUGAUUACAUAUACUUGUAUUUGUACGGUCCAAUUCAUAUUAUUAAAUAUUA